AUGAUUUCGACAUCAAACGGCAAGUUGACUGCAAAUGCUAUCCACGUUAUAGGUUUCAGCUUGGGCGCACAAGCUGCUGGGUUUUGCGGUCGUCACUUCUACAACAAAACAGGAGAGAAAAUUGGACGAAUUACAGGCCUCGACCCUGCUGGUCCUUUGUUUGAAGGCACAAAUGUGGCCUUGUCGAGAGAUGAUGCACUGUUUGUCGACGUCAUUCAUAGCAACGCCGGAAUGUCAGUGGCCAUGGACUGA